AUGAAUAUUGUCCUUGUUUCUCUAGUUGUUAUUCUAAAUCUCCAUCAUUUUUCUGCUCACUUCAUUGGAAAAGAGCACUGGGACGAUGAUGAGUUGGAACUUUGCGAUCAUCCCGAACUGGACGAGUUUACAAGUACCAAAGGUAUGUCGUUAUGUGAAAAAAGUCCAAAGACACCGGUUUUCACUUUCAGACGCCCUCUGCUACUCGUACAUCCACAAAUUCCAUCAAGUAAACGUGGAAGUGCUCAACUGGUUUCCCGCCCUCAUAGUCUACCGUAAUCUACUCAAACCCGAACAGGUUGAACAUUUUUUGGACGAAUUUGAAGACGCGGAAACGUAUCUGCAGGUACGGCGGAAAUCUUUACUAAUUGUGUCGAAUCGCGAUUUCAGACAGUCCACGAAAUGAACGGAUCGAGCACGCAAUCCGACUCGCGCCGAGCCAACGGAUCGUUUUUCGAGCACGACGAAAAUGAGGCGACGUAUUCGGUUUUCUCAACAAUUUCCACACUCAUUCCGGGCAUCGAUUUCGAGAUGGCCGAGCCGUUUAGUGUCAGUUUUUUCAGGCUGGAACACAUGUUUUCGUCUGAAAAGGAGUCUGUUUCUGUCGCAAAAACUGUUCGGAAACUUGCAGACGCUUUCCUACCACCCGGGCGGCCAUUACGCGCCGCAUUUCGACUACCUCACCUACGACGAACACGUCGAUUCCCGAGAUUUCUGGGCGCAAACGAUGGGCAACCGGAUGGCCACUCUUAUUGUGAUGCUCCGAGAGCCGCUGCGCGGUGGGGCUACGGUAUUUCCGCACUUGCGGACUACAGUAAGACUCAUGGCCGGCGACGCUGUCAUUUGGUUCAAUAUGCGUGCGGAUGGCGAGCGGGUGAGUCGAGAAUCGGGAACUUUUUGAAACUUUUUCUGCAGGAACCCCUCUCCCUGCACGGUGGUUGUCCGAUUUACGAGGGCCACAAAAUCAUCACAACUCUUUGGAUCCACGAAAACAAGCAGAAGAUCGCGGCGGAAGCCAGCGCGGACUAUCCGAUUUCGUUCAAUUGGCUACAACCCGGCUACGCGGAAGAUUUGCAUCCCAUCAUGGUUCAGACCAAUUUUUGUUGA